AUGAAACUUAUUUUCCAGCCCCACUCAGUAUUUUGCCAUUGAUCUCCUGUUCUGCCUUACAGAAAAGGCAUAUUCUGUAAAAAUGGGAGGUGUGAAUCAAUCAGUGACCUCUGACUUCCUUCUGGUGGGCCUCUUUAGUCACACAGGGUCAAGUCAGCUACUCUUCUCCCUAGUGGCUGCCAUGUUUAUCAUGGGCCUUCUGGGCAACACUGUUCUGCUCUUCCUGAUCUACAUGGACUCCCGGCUCCACACACCCAUGUACUUUCUGCUCAGUCAACUGUCCCUGUUUGAUGUAGGCUUCCCCCUGGUCACCAUCCCGAAGAUGGCAUCAAACUUCCUACAGGUGGAAAGUUCCAUCUCCUUUGGGGGUUGUGCAGCUCAAAUAUUUUUCCUUACACUUAUGGGUGUGGCUGAGGGCAUCCUGUUGGCCCUUAUGUCCUAUGACCGUUAUGUGGCCGUGUGCCACCCCCUGCAGUAUCUUGUGCUUAUGAGGCGCCAGGUGUGCCUGCUCAUGGUGGGCUGCUCCUGGAUGGCAGGUGUUCUCAAUGCCUCCAUCCAGACCUCUGUCACUCUGCACUUCCCCUACUGUGCCUCCCGCAUCGUGGACCACUUCUUCUGUGAAGUGCCAGCCCUCCUAAAGCUCUCCUGUGCAGACACCUCUGCCUAUGAAUUGACGCUGUCCAUUUCUGGGGUGCUGAUCCUUGUGUUUCCCCUUUCUCUCAUCGUCACCUCCUAUGGCCACGUGUUGGGGGCCGUUCUACGCAUGCGCUCGGAGGAGGCACGGCGCAAAGCCUUCACUACCUGCUCCUCGCACAUUACAGUCCUGGGGCUCUUUUAUGGUGCAGCUGUGUUCAUGUACAUGGUACCUGGUUCCUACCACAGCCCACAGCAGGACAACGUGGUCUCCCUCUUCUACGGCCUUAUCACCCCCACGCUUAACCCCCUCAUCUACAGUCUGAGGAACCGAGAAGUGAGAAUGGCUUUUGUGAAAGUGAUCAACAGGGAUGCGCUCAGACCACAUAGGGGGCUGCUGGUGUGA